CGAGAUGGAACACAUUUACAGUGGGCUGCAGAUACCAGACCAGGAUAUCUACUCUGGUAUCUCACCAGAGGUGAAAGAACCCAGAAGACACACAGACCAGGCAAGCGCCAUGGCUUCACAUGUAACAACAGCUGGAGGGUUUGUUAUCGUCACUCACAAGUACCCCCUGAGCAGUGCUGGCCAGGCUGCACCAGGAACAGUGGCAAGACAGCUGCCAGGGCCGCUGCAGACAUUUCUACGAGGACAGCCCAAAGCUUUGGGGGUCGUGCAAAUUAUAAUUGGGAUUGUGAGUCUGUUGUUUGGUCCUGUCCUGAUGAAUGCGAACAUGUUUGCAGGAAUCAUUGGAUUACCUUUCUGGACUGGUGUAUGGUAUAUUAUCUCUGGAUCCCUGGCUGUUGCAGCUGAUAAUACCCACAGAAGAGGUCUGGUGAAGGCAUGUUUAGGGAUGAACGUUGUCAGUUCUGUUUUUGCUGGAGUUGGAUCUAUUCUUUAUUCAAUAAGCGUGUCCAUAGUAUCUAACCACAUGGAUUACUUGAACAGAUCUGCAGAUUAUUAUGACCAGUUAUCUAACCACAUGGAUUACUUGAACAGAUCUGCAGAUUAUUAUGACCAGUUAUCUAACCACAUGGAUUACUUGAACAGAUCUGCAGAGCAUGAUUACCUCCGUAGAUACUCUCUAACCAUACAUGUAGGCAUUCUGGCAGUUCUUCUGGUGCUGAACAUUUUGGAGAUGUGCAUCGCUAUCGCUACAUCAGCCUUUGGAUGCAAAUCUGAAUGCAGUUACACUGACAUGCCGGAGGUUGCUUUUCAACAGCCAUGAAUCCAGUGACCUGGGUGCAGAUUUGCUCAAUUGAACUAUAAGAAGCAUGCAGUCAAGAAGACAACUGUCCCUCCGCCUCCUCUAGCAAAGCUUAGCCAGCGCUAAAGACUUCAUCUCUGCAAGGUGUUAUUAUCAGAACAAGUUAAACAACAAUGAAAUCCUCCCAUGUGUAAACUGUCGGGGAAUUUGUAUUGAUAUGAAAAUGAAAACGUGUUCAUUUGCUUUGGAUCAUUUGCUUGUUUUGCUUAUAUUUUCAAUAAGAUUAUUUGUAUUUAAAAGCUGAAAUGUUUCCCAUGUUCAGUUAUGAUAUUGGUUUUAUAUUUUAAUGUUUUCAGUAACAAUAAUGAAAAAGAAACAUAGUAGGCAAAUGGUAUAUGGAAGUGAUACAUUGAGAUAUGUUUUGGAGUUGUAUGAUAUACUGCUUUGCUUAAUAAAAAAAAUAAAACGUUUCUUAGAAUUUU